CGGGCCGCGCGCAGCCGCCUCCGCCGCCGCCGCCGAUGCGCCUGGUGGCCGGACGCCAAGUGGAAGCCGCGGACGCGCAGCCUCGCGUGUCAGCGGAAGCUGAUGGAGAAUCGAGCUCUGGAUUCAGGGACUCGGGACUCCUAUGGUGCCACAAGCCACCUCCCCAACAAGGGGGCCUUGGCUAAGGCCAAGAACAACUUCAAAGAACUGAUGUCCAAGCUGACAGAGGGCCAGUAUGUGCUGUGCCGGUGGACAGAUGGACUGUAUUACCUUGGGAAGAUCAAGAGGGUCAGCAGUACUAAGCAAAGCUGCCUUGUGACUUUUGAAGAUAAUUCAAAAUACUGGGUCCUGUGGAAGGACAUACAGCAUGCUGGCGUUCCAGGGGAGGAGCCCAAGUGUAACAUCUGCCUGGGGAAAACAUCAGGACCGCUGAAUGAGAUCCUCAUCUGUGGCAAGUGUGGCCUGGGUUACCACCAGCAGUGCCACAUCCCCACAGCAGGCAGUGCCAACCAGCCUCUGCUCACACCCUGGUUCUGCCGACGCUGCAUCUUCGCACUGGCUGUGCGGAAAGGUGGCGCGCUGAAGAAGGGAGCCAUCGCCAGGACACUGCAGGCCGUGAAGAUGGUGCUGUCCUACCAGCCCGAGGAGCUCGACUGGGAUUCGCCUCACCGCACCAACCAGCAGCAAUGCUACUGCUAUUGUGGCGGACCCGGAGAAUGGUACCUGCGGAUGCUGCAAUGUUACCGGUGUAGGCAGUGGUUCCACGAGGCCUGCACACAGUGCCUCAAUGAACCUAUGAUGUUUGGAGACCGGUUCUACCUGUUCUUUUGCUCUGUGUGUAACCAGGGCCCAGAGUACAUCGAGAGGCUGCCCCUGCGAUGGGUGGAUGUGGUCCACCUGGCCCUCUACAACCUGGGAGUGCAGAGCAAGAAGAAGUACUUUGACUUCGAAGAGAUUCUGGCCUUUGUCAAUCACCACUGGGAGCUCCUGCAGCUUGGCAAGCUCACCAGCACCCCUGUGACAGAUCGAGGACCACAUCUCCUCAACGCUCUCAACAGCUACAAAAGCCGGUUCCUCUGUGGCAAGGAGAUCAAGAAGAAAAAGUGCAUUUUCCGCCUGCGCAUCCGCGUCCCACCCAACCCUCCAGGGAAGCUGCUACCUGACAAGGGCCUGGUACCAAGUGAGAAUGGUGCCUCCUCUGAGCUGCGUAAGAGAGGAAAGAGCAAGCCUGGUUUGUUGCCUCACGAAUUCCAGCAGCAGAAAAGGCGAGUUUAUAGAAGAAAAAGAUCAAAGUUUUUGCUGGAAGAUGCUAUUCCCAGUAGUGACUUCACUUCAGCCUGGAGCACCAACCAUCACCUAGCCAGCAUAUUUGACUUCACGGUGGAUGAAAUUCAGAGUUUAAAAAGUGCCAGCUCAGGCCAGACCUUCUUCUCAGAUGUGGACUCCACCGAUGCCGCCAGUACCUCUGGCUCCGCCUCCACCAGCCUCUCUUAUGACUCCAGACGGACAGUGGGCAGCCGAAAGAGAAAGCUGGCAGCCAAAGCGUACAUGCCCCUGCGGGCCAAGAGGCGGGCGGCCGAGCUGGGUGGAUGCUGUCCCUCGGACAGCAGUGCCGAGGGGGCUUCGGGCCCUGAUCGGCCAGAUGAAGGCAUCGACAGCCAUACAUUUGAAAGCAUCAGUGAAGACGACUCGUCUCUGUCCCACCUCAAGUCCUCGAUCACCAACUACUUUGGUGCAGCUGGGAGGUUGGCCUGUGGGGAGAAGUACCAGGUGUUGGCACGGAGGGUCACGCCAGAGGGCAAGGUUCAGUACCUGGUGGAAUGGGAAGGGACCACCCCUUACUGACUGCCCCUUGGGUGGAUGCCCGAAGCCCUGAAAACCAAAGGAGGGACAGUAGAAGCCAUAGGCUCCCAUUUUCCCCAGGCUGGGGCUGGGGAGGGAAGCAGGAUGGAGCUGCAAGUGCCUGGCCAAAGGCCCCGCUGCCUGCUCACCAGGCCAAGGCCAAAGCCUGCACUGCUGCUGUGACAGUUGUUCUCUGGCUUCCCUAGGCCCAUCACCCCUGUGCCUGGGUCUGAGGUCUUGCUGGCUCUUGUUUAGUGUCUACACGCUCCACACCCCUCAAACUCUUUACUGGUUCCUCCGAAUUUGUGUCCCCUUAGCUCUGUAACUCUUUCUCCUCAGGCCCAAUCUUUUUGUCCCUGAGUCUCCAUUCCUGCACCUCUCAUCCCUUUGGGUGUGUGUGUGUUUACACAUCCUCCACGUGCACACCUGACCCCUGGGCAGCAGUCCUCCUUGGAACCCCAUUAUAAGAAUGGGAGCCCAAGGGAGAAUGGCUGAAAGUGGAGCUUCUCUUCCUCCCUUUCCUGCCACUUCCUCUUGCUCCUGGAAGCGGGUGAGGGGAAAACCCAUGUGGCAGAGACACUGGGACCCAGGACCUGGGGAGUCAAGAGCUGGGUCUCUGCUGCAGAAGACAUCAGCGUCAGGCCCCAUCUCAAGGGAAACCAAAAGUGGGGGGAGGGGUGGGACCCUCAUUUUUGCUGCUUCCAGAGAUAUUAGAAACUGACUCAUUUGAUUGGAAAAUGGAAAGAAGUGCCUUGACUAGGAGUGGGGGACAGGGGCACCAGACUGAUACCAGCCUUGCCAACUGCUGCUAUGGCCUCCAGCUUGGCUGGGUUUUGCGGACCACCAGCUGGAAGGCGAAGGAAGGUAGAAGAGAAGCAGCAGCAGGACAGCAGGCCUGAGAAGCUUGUUUUUCCAUUACUAGAAUGGCCCCCCUGCCUGCCUGUGAGCACUCGGGGUCUCCGACAUAGCUUAGACAGCCUCUGCCUUAAACCUCAACUCCUACAGUGCCUUUCAAAGGGAUCUCACCUCCUGAGCAUAGCCCACUUACAUCUCUGCUUUCUUGGCACAGCCCAGGCAGGGACAAGUAGGCACUGGGCCCAGAUCUCUGCCCCACAGCUGCUGUUAGAGACCCCCAGCUGGGACCAGGUGGAAGGGGAGCUGGGAUCCAAUCUGUGGCUUCCUGCUGGCCAGUGAGCACAGCAAGCUCACAGGCCUGCUUUCAGGCUCCUGAGAAAGCCAGGAUGUGUGGGGCCUGUUUCAGCACCUUCCCUACUUGGGCUCCAGAGACUCUGGGCCUGAAGGGCAGAGGUGGAAAGGGGGGCCCACUUGGGAAGACAGCACAAGGCCUAACAAGGUCACCCGACCCCUACCCCAGCAUUUCAUUCAUACCAGAUAAUAGCUGCAUUACUGCCAACUGACCUUACAACCUUGUGCACCUUCUAAAAGAUCAUGGUUUUGAAUUGCUGCUUUUAAUAACAUUUGUUAUAUUAAAGUUAUAAUUAAUGUGUCUUGUUAA